AUGGGAGUGAAAUUGCUUCUCUUUGGUGAGAUCCUCCAGUUGCUUCUGUUUGUGGCUCACAUUGUGCUGGUUGCAUCAAGUCCCAUCACAUUGGAGGGACUUCUCACCAAGAUUCAUGGUUUCUUAAAAGAGAUCCACCUAGCCAGCCAUGGAGGGAAAGGUGGGGUAGGGGUGCGGCAGCACACCAAGGCGCGCCUUGGGCCUCCGGAGCAGCUUUGCGUGGCCUGGCCGAGGCGCCUUGGGGACGUCCACGCUUGUUCAGUACAUUCGAAGUUACGGAGAGGUAGGAGAUCCAACUUGCCCAGCCUAACUUCCAGCCCCCCUCCCCCAAGCAAACAGAGGCUCCGGGGACACUUGAACCAAGAGCCCCCGCAGCCCGGGAGGGACCAGCAGCCCGAGGUCCAGGCAGAGUGGGCAGAGCCUUUCAGAUACUGGUGGAAGGGCUUGCCAGCAGUGCUCCCCCCCCCCAGUUGGCCCCCACCAGGGUCCUUAGCUCAGGGGCUCCCAAGGGACCGGCUUAGCUUUCCCACCAGGCCCCAGCUGCUCCCGCCAAGCCUCCCUCCUGCCAUGAAGCGCUCCCCUAGGCUGCCACCGCCCGUGAGGCCCACUCCCUCGCCCCCAGUCUCAGGAGCCCGUAGGAGGCGGGUUCGAUGCCGCAAGUGUGAGGCCUGCGUACAGGGAGAGUGUGGUGUGUGCCGAUACUGCCGGGACAUGAAGAAGUUCGGGGGGCCCGGCCGCAUGAAGCAGUCUUGUGUUCUCCGCCAGUGUUUGGCCCCCCGGCUGCCCUACUCUGUCACUUGUUCCCUCUGUGGCGAGGUCGAUCAGAAUGAGGAGACCCAGGACUUUGAGAAGAAACUGAUGGAGUGUUGUAUCUGCAAUGAGGUUGUUCAUCCCGGUUGCCUGCAGAUGGAUGGGGAAGGACUGCUUAAUGAUGAACUGCCCAAUUGCUGGGAGUGCCCAAAGUGCUUCCAGCCGGACAACUCCGAGAAAGUGCAGAGGAGGAAAAUGGACGAUGGCGAUGAGGGCGUGGUCCAAGCCAAAGUUCUCCGGCCUCUUCGGAGCCGUGACGAGCCGCUCAUUCAGCAGCCUCCUCACUCGUCCACCACCACCAUGCUGCAGCUCAUCCACGAUCCGGGGCCCCCCCACGGUAUGGUGACCCGAUCGUCCCCCGGAGCUGGCCCCAGUGACCACCACAGUGCUGGCAGAGAUGACCGUUUCAAAAGAAGACAACUUCGGCUCCCGGCCACGCAGAGAGAAAAAGAGAACAAUCCCAGUGGCAAGAAAGAACUGUCCGAAGUAGAGAAGGUCAGAAUUCGGGGGACGUAUCUGAUGGUUACACCACAGAGGCCCAAUAAAGAGCUUCAGGGAACUUCCAUUGUGCCCAGGCUGCAGGCCAUCACGGCUUCCUCUGCCAACUUCCAUCAUUCUCCCCGGGUACUCGUGCAACACUGUCCGGCUCUGACUCCUCAGCUGAGGGACGAAGAUGACCUGGGCAGAGGGCAGGACUUAUACGGGGACGACGACGAGGAGGACGAGGAGGACGAGGAGGACGAGGAGGAGGACAGCCCGGAGGAGGAGAGUGCUGCUGAGGAGGAGGAGGAGGAGAGCACGGAGGAGGGUGAGGCAGUUUCAGUGAACCACCAGGACAGCUUUACCCAAGAUGAGGAGGAAAGCUGGAUGCAAAGGGAGAUCUGGCUGUCUGUCUUCCGCUAUCUCAACCGCAGAGAACUUUGUGAAUGUAUGAGGGUGUGUAAGACUUGGUAUAAAUGGUGCUGUGACAAGAGGCUCUGGACAAAGAUUGAUCUGAGCAGGUGUAAGGCCAUUGUCCCCCAGGCACUGAGUGGUAUUAUCAAGAGACAGCCAGUGAGCCUUGACCUCAGUUGGACCAACAUCUCCAAAAAACAGCUGACGUGGCUUGUCAAUAGGCUUCCGGGCUUGAAAGAUCUCCUUCUAGCAGGCUGCUCUUGGUCUGCAGUCUCUGCUCUCAGCACUUCCAGCUGCCCCCUUCUCAGGACCCUUGACCUUCGGUGGGCAGUAGGAAUCAAGGACCCUCAGAUCCGAGACUUGUUGAGCCCGCCAACUGAUAAGCCAGGACAUGACAAUCGCAGCAAGCUCCGGAACAUGACAGAUUUUCGGCUGGCCGGCCUAGACAUCACUGAUGCCACUCUUCGACUCAUCAUCCGCCACAUGCCCCUUCUGUCUCGGCUCGACCUCAGUCACUGCAGCUACCUUACAGAUCAGUCACCAAAUCUACUAACAGCUGUUGGCUCUUCCACUCGCAAUUCCCUCACAGAAAUCAAUAUGGCAGGUUGCAAUAAGUUGACAGACCAGUCUUUGUUGUAUCUACGACGCAUCUCUAAUGUCACCUUGAUUGACCUUCGAGGCUGCAAGCAGAUCACCAGGAAGGCGUGUGAGCAUUUCAUCUCAGACCUGUCCAUCAACAACCUCUACUGCCUGUCUGAUGAGAAAUUGAUCCAGAAGAUCAGCUAAAACUCAUCCAAUCACAGACUGAAAAGGAAACAAAUCCUUUUCCCUGCUCCCUCACAGAGGAGAGCUUCCUUCCCCUAUUCUGCAUGGGCUUCAAGGCCAGCAUCACACUCCCUCUACCUUUCCAUCCCUGUCCCCUCCCACUAUAGCAGGACUGGGGUAGUGAGGGUAUUCCUGCUAUUAUGUCCUACUCUGAGCACAAGGAUGACCUGCCUGCUCCCUUCUCUCCCUCAUUCCCUUCCUCCUUCCUUCCCUCCCUUUAAUGAAAAAGGGGGGAAAAUCACAGGAGGUGCCCACUUGGAGACUAAGCUCAUAGUUUGGGGGUGCUGUGCCAACUUAAUCUCUAUAGAAUCCCCCCACACCUACCUAGGCCACCCUUUCCCCAUCUCGCAGCAGGGCUUGGGCCUGAGUACUGGGAAAGUAAGCAGGUUGGGCUGCUACAUAGAAAGUAGCCCUGUUUCAAUAGUUAGACUGUUCCUGGGGUGUUCAGAGUGAGUGUCUCUGCUCCAUCAUAUCCUUCCCAGCUCUGCAGAUGGGUGGCAUGGGCCAGAUUAAGACUAGAACCUGCAAAUCACACUGGUGCUGUUGAAUUUCCAGAAACCUCCUACAUGUCUGUCCUUACCCCCUGCAGCUUGACACUGUCCAAAUACAGUUUCCCUGUUUAAAAAAAAACAAACCAAAAACAAACCAAAAAAAAAAAAAAAAACAAAAACAAAAAACAAAAAUACAAAAAACAAAAAAACAAACAAAAAAAAUCCCCCAAACUCCCUCCCCCCAAAAAACAAACAAAACCCCCCAAAACUUGGGGAAAAACAUUAAAAAAAACUUUAAGAAUUAAAAAAAAAAGAGUUGGAAUAGAUAAGGUCCUUUCCAGCUCUAAAUUCAUGAUCUUAUGGUCCUCGCAACCAAUCAUUGGCAGCAUGGAGUAUUGGACAGAGUGUUGGAACUUGGGAGUUAGGAGAGCUGGGUUCAAGCCUAGAUCUGCUCCUUACUACCCUUAUUAUUGAUGUGACUUUAGCCAAGUCACUUCUCGUGGCCUCAGUUUCCUGAUUUGUAAAAAGAGGGGGUUGUAUUAGAAGAUCUGGUCUUGUUCUGACUUCUUUGAUUCUGUAACUAUAAAAAGGUGUACCCCCAAAUGUAUUUCUGUGCCCCACGUCAGGCUUAGGCUUGACUGCUUGGGGCUAGGUGGGUGCCACAGUGGGGACUUGAGUGAGGCCUGAGGGCCAUUGGGCCUUUGGAGGCCUGGGGAGAGAGGUAUUAAGAGAUAGCAGGAGAAUUACAGAAGAGGAGUUGGGAGGAUGCCAAAGAGAAACUUUGCCCGUUUUAAGAUUUUUGCUUACAGCUGGCUCUAGGCCCAGGAAAUGGGGAGGAAACCCUUCCUCCUCCAUCCUUUGCUCCUAAGACUCAGAACUCUGGCUAGUACUAUUAGUACUAUAGCUCAUCUGCUUACUUCAACACUUCAAAGAACUGUGAUUUUGUCGUUGUGAGCCUUCCCUUCACCAACACUGAUUGCAUCCUCUCCACAAUUUAAUUAAUGGUGUUUGAGACUUUUUCUAGUCAAAAAAAUUCAUCAGCCUGUAUCCAACCUGGUAGUGAGCGUCUCUGAACUUACCUAAACUGUUUUUUUUUUUCUUUUUUUGUUUGUUUGUUUUGUUUUUUUGGGUUUUUUGUUUUUUGUUUUUUGUUUUUUUUUUUUUUUGGUGAUAGACGUAUAUAGUCUAUUACUGGGACCAUACUCAAGCCCUAACCAGCUUGGUAGAACUUUUAAAAAUUUGCAUUUGGCAGUCAUGGUCAUUGAGAACCUAGAAUCAACCCCACAUUGUGAUGAGACAUUGGAGUAGGAUUUAAGUGAAGGUUCAGCUAUAUAUGAGUUAAACAGCCUUUUGGGUCUAGCCUGAGGAGGAUCUUGCCAUCAUUUUUUGCCAUUGUUUCUAUGGGAAAAUGCAUUCUGAGUUUCAGUUGCUUUACAAAUAAAUAUUUGGAACACAACCCAUUCAUAAGCUGAAGAUUUCCUGUACUUGUGAUAAUUGCUGUAUUUAGUCAUCUGAAAUAUAUUCCUAGUUAUACUCACCCUCUCCCUGAUAAUUCUAAGCCUGGGGAGAUGGGACUAGACAGUUGAAGUUAUUUUUGCUGCUGUUCUGUAUGUGACUGCCCCAUUUCAAAUGACUGGUUGGUUUGUUUUCUUGUAGAUGUUUGAUUCGGUGGUUCUAUGUAGACCAACCUUAAUCUAAAUAGCACUUAUCUAUGCCAGCAAGUCACAAAGUUACGGCCACAUGUAACCACUCAAAGGGAAAGGUGAAAAACCAGCUGUCCCCUUUGGGGGCCCCUCUGUUGUUAGUCUUGGUUCCUAAGGAGCAUCAGAGUUUAGUUGGGAACUGAGUGGUGAUGGGCUCGACCGUAGUUGAGAAUAAUAGAACAGUUUGAGUUAGAAGAAACCUUCGAAUUAUGUACGAUAUUCCCUUUGCUUCAAGACCUGAUCCCUCUUCCCCAUUAUCAUUUUCCCAGUACUUGAAAACAAUUUUUGUCCCUUAGCUCUCAUUUUCUCUUGUACUGGCUAAACAUCCCCUCAUCCCUCCCUCCCACUCCCAAGUCCUGGUUACUGUGCCUCUCUUAACAUAGCCAAAGGUUUUCUUUUGCACUGUUGAUUCGGGUUGAAGCCCAUCAAAACCUCCAGUUCUUUUUCAAACAACUUCUAAUCAUGGUUUCAACCAUGUUGUACUUGAGAAGCUGACUUGGAACCCACGUAGAAUAUUUUACAUUUAAUCCCAUUAAGUUUCAUUUUUUGAGAUUGGGUCCAAGAUUCUAUCACUCCAUGUGGUAGCCAUCCCUCCCAGCUUUGUGUUGUGCAAAUUUGAUAAGCACGACAACUAUGCCUUUAUCAAAGUUAGUAAAAAAAAAAAAAAAAAAGAACCACAACAAUAUUAAAUAGCACAAAAUCAAGUAUGGGUCCCCUCCAAAAGAACAUCAGACCACAAAUUGUUGUUCUUGGGGUCUAACCAUUCAAUCAUUGAGGCUAUCCCAUAUCUGUCUUAUCAAUGAAAAUCAUCAAUCAAAAAAAUAAAAAUCAAUUAAAAAAUAAGGUUUUGCUGAAAUCUAGGCAAACUGUACUUGCAACAUUCCCCGAUGUUACAGUUUAGUAACCCAAGAAAAAUGUUUAUGUCACUCCAAACCCAGAUUUUGACAUUUCCACUUCCAUCAUUUCAAGUUCUGCUGAGAGCUAGGAUACCCCUGGAACACCUUGGAUCCCCUGAUGGAUGAAGAAGAAUUGCCUUUCCUUCACAGGGUUUGGGGCUGUGGUUGAAAGGAUCCCAUACCCACUUUUCUUCUUUUUUCAAAGCCAUUUAUUUAAACCCAGAUUAUUUUCUUAAUCCUGACCAGCACUUGUAAUUUCUAAGCACGCUUUACUUGGCAUGGUCUAUACCAGUGGUGUCAAACUUAAAUAGAAAGAUGGCCACUUCACUGUACAUGUGGACAGCAUAUUAGAAAACCCUAUCUUAAAAUUAUCUAUGUUCUAUUAUAUUUUAUUUAUUUUGUUAAGUAUUUCUUAAUUACAUUUUAAUUUUUUUUUUAAACAAUGAAGAGUGUUUUGGGAUGAUUCUCCGGGCAGCAUGUUUGACACCUCUGGUUUGUAAUAUCUAGAGGGACCCUACAAAUUUAUUCUUCCUCAUCAUUUUUCUUUUGACCCUUCCCCUUCUUCCCCCAAAAUACAAAGACUCUUUGCAAACCCUCCCCCCCCAUCUCAUUUUCAUAAUCACUUGGGAUCAGAUUAUCCAUAAGUGUUUUUUCCUUAAAAUUUGUGUCUGGUUUGUGGUCAAAUCUUGACUAGUCUAGGGGAAGCAGUUUCCGUGAGUGCUUAAUCUCAGUGCACAUUAGGAUCUCCAAAGUCCAAGUCACACAUCCCAUUUUGCUGUGUUCCUCCUCUUCUGAGAUUGUUUUUUUUUUGUUUGUUUGUUUGUUUUGUUUUCUUCUUGAAUAAUUGUAUUUGAAUGUGGGGAAUUGAUUCUUUAUUGCUGGUGGAAAUGGUGUGUAUUUAUGGUUCACAAACUUUUAAAUAUGAAGAUUUUUUUUAUGGUUAAACAUUUCAUGGACUUCCACUAUAGCUGUAUUAUUAAUGAUGAUUGCAAAAAUACAUGGUGACAGAAAAGCUAUUGAAAAUUCAGUAAUGCUUUGAAAUAAAUUUUCAUUUUAUUUAUCACAA